AUUAAAAUUACGUCGGAAUGAGGCAUCAUUUUAUGGUAAAUUCUCCGUAAUUUUCCGUUAAUUGAUCAUAAAGCGUGUAACAAUCUCCACGAGUUCCAUUUUGGUAAAUUGCGUCCGAGUUAUUCCGUUUUUAAAGGAACAUUCGGCCUCAAAUUUAUGGAUCUACCACAAAAAGGGAAAUAGAAAUAUUUUUUACAAUCAUGAAUUAUCCGACAAAAGAUAGUUUGGUUGUAUCUCAAUUACAAGAAUAUGAUUUCAAUUCAAAUAUAUCUAAUAAUUCUCUUAACGACCCUACAAGAAAUCUUGGAUCUGUAAAAGAUGAAAAAUUCGAUGUAGCGACUAAAGAUAAUGUUAAAGUUAAAAAGAAUCAAAACGUUAAAGAUAAAUUAUCCACAUUUUUAGCAAAUUUUAAAAAAUUUUUAGGAUUUGUGGGUCCAGGUUAUGUUAUUGCGGUCGGUUAUCUUGACCCUGGUAAUUGGGCAACUGACCUUACCGGCGGUUCACGAUUUGGUUAUUCCCUUUUAUUCAUCAUCUUUUGUUCUAAUUUGUUUGCCAUGUUAUUACAAAGUUUGUCGAUUAAAUUGGGUGUCGUUACAGGAAUGGAUUUGGCUCAAGCUUGCAAACAUUUUUUCCCUAAAUAUCUAAAUUAUUUUCUUUACGCAUUAUGUGAAUGCGCAAUCAUUGCUACAGAUUUAGCAGAAGUUAUUGGAAGUGCAAUCGCUCUUAAAAUGUUAUUUAAUUUACCUUUACCUUGGGGAGUUGCAAUUACAGCUUUAGACGUCAUGAUCAUAUUAUUUGUUUAUCGUGAUAAUAGUAUGAAAGCAUCUCGAAUAUUGGAAUCUCUUGUAAUGUUAUUAGUAGGAGCUGUUGGAAUAUGUUUUCUUUUAGAAUUGGUUUAUUCUCAACCUAAUUCUACUGAUGUUUUAAAAGGUUAUUUACCUAGUCCAGGAAUUUUUACAAAUGCUGAACAAUUAUAUAUAGCUAUAGGAAUUAUAGGUGCUACAGUUAUGCCACAUAAUUUAUAUUUACAUUCACAUUUAGUCAAAGUAAGAAAAGAUCAAGAAUUAGAAAAUAAUAAUCAUAAAAUAGGACAAGAUAUUGGAACAGAUAUAAAAACCUUUAAAUCAAUUAUAACAAAAUUAAUGAAUCUUUCAGUAAUAGAUUCUUCUGUAGCUUUAACUUUUGCUUUAUUUGUUAAUUCAUCAAUUUUAAUAGUAGCGGCAUCAAAUUUUUAUUAUAAAAAUUCUCAAGAAAAUGUUGCAACAUUAUUUGAUGCUCAUGCUUUAUUAACAAGAUAUCUUGGAACUCCUGCUGGUACAAUUUUUGCUUUAGCUUUAUUAAUAGCAGGUCAAAGUUCUACUUUAACAGCUACUAUAGCAGGACAAAUUGUUAUGGAAGGUUUUAUGGGUUGGAAAAUUCGUGCUUGGGUAAGAAGACUUUUAACUCGUAUGUUUGCUAUUGUACCAGCUAUGAUUAUAGCUAUAGUUAGUGGUGAAAAUGGUUUAAAUGAUACAUUGGUUGCUAGUCAAGUUGCUUUAAGUAUUCAACUUCCUUUCGCUGUUAUACCUUUAGUUUAUUUUACUAGUAGUAAAAAAUGUAUGAAAGUUAAUGUAAGAGAUGCAUUUAAAAAAGUUGAAACAAAUGAUGAUGAUUUAAGAGUUGAAGAAAAUAAUAAUAAUAAAAAUGAUGAUGAUGAUGAUGAUACUAGAAUAACUAUAGAACAAAAGGAAUCAAGUCCAUACGUAAUAUUCCGUAAUACUAUGGUAAUAAUUAUACUUGCUAGUAUAGUUAGCUUUAUUAUUCUUGGAUUAGAUACUUAUCUUGUUGUUGCGACAAUUAAAGGAGCGAUUGAAGGUACUUUGUAAAGGGGGGGGAUUUUAAGGAAGUGAUGAACUAUAGGAGCGAUUCAAGGUGUUGAAAUUAAAGUGAACUUUAGGAGCGAUUCUUUAAAGGAAGUGACUUUUGUAAAAGAAUGAACUUUAGGAACGACUCAAGGUGCUGGAAUUAAAGGAAGUGAUUUUGUAAAAGAAAACUUUAGGAACAAUUUAAGGUUUUUAUAAGAAAAAAAAAAUGGUGAACUUUAUGAGCGAUGAUAAAAACUUGUACAAUAAUUAUACAUUAUUACAUUAUUAAAUUUAAUAGAAAUCAAUAAAAUACUAUAUUAUUAACAAUUUA